GACAAAACUGAACUUUUAGGCAUUUGGGUCCCUCACAAAUUGUACUAAGAUGGAACUACUUAAUGUGGAGUCGAACCAACUAGGAGGAGAACUUCCUCCUUUUGUAUCAAAUCUCUCGGCAAACCUUCAAGAGUUCUUUAUUGGGAACAAGCUCACAGGAAGCAUUAUAAAAAAUAUUUCUGGGUUUUCAAGUUUAAGGGAAUUGUUAUUGGCACGAAACUUGUUUACUGGUUCUCUACCAAUGGAAAUAGGAAACUUGAAGCAACUUGAAGUAUUGGACGUUUCUGGAAACCUUCUAUCAGGAAAUAUUACCACAGAGAUUACAAAAUGCUCGAGUUUGCGCAAUUUGAGCAUGACAAGAAACAACCUAAUUGGCUCAAUACCAAGCUCACUUGGAGAAUUAACGCCAUUGGAGAGCUUGGACCUUUCCUCUAAUGAACUUUCUAGCCCAGUCCCAAAAGAGCUAGAGAAUCUUGAAGUUCUAAAGACUCUAAAUUUGUCUUUCAAUCAAUUAGAAGGACAAAUUUCAAGAAAUGGUGUGUUUGUCAACCUCACCCUCACUUGGAACUCCCUCCAGGGAAAUUAUAAGCUUUGUGGAUUCAACCAAAAGGCUGCAGAAAAGCUGAGAGUCAAUAUAUGUACAUCAAAUUCUCAUUUACUACCUAAAAUAUUGAUUCCAGUUUCUUGUUUCCUUGCAUUAGUGUGUGUAAUAUGUUGCUUCUUCUAGGCAUUGAUCACCUGAAAGAACAAAAACAAAGGAGAUAAAAAAAGAUCUUCAUUUGAAAUCAUCGGAUCUCUGCCUAUGCUAUCUUACUUUGAAAUCCAGCGUGCGACAAAUGGUUUUGCCGUAGAAAAUCUGAUUGGCAAGGGAGGGUUCGGACCGUUUAUAAAGCAGUGUUCGAGAAUACUGGGAAGUUUGGUGUGAACACCAUCUCUGCAGUCAAGGUUCUUGACUUGGGACAAAGCAAAGCUUCUAAAAGUUUUGAUGCAGAAUGUGAAGUGUUGAGAAAUAUUAGGCAUCGGAAUC